AUGGUUUUAGAAAGAAAAACUUCUACAACUCAAAUUACAAAUUUUCAAUUAAAAAAUGUCAUAGGACUUUACCCCGGAGGGAGCCCUUCCAGAAAUUCUCGAAGGCCAGGGUCGAGCCCAGGCCUAAGAGGGGGUUUGGAAAUAGUUUUCAACCAGCAAUAGACGCGCUUCGGUUAGAACCUCACUAGCUGCGUCAUUGCCCCAAGCGCAAAGAUGCUUUCUAACUUCAUCUCUCUUUCAUUUUAUAUCCCAUCCCCACUUCUCUAUCCGAGGUU